UGUUAUGAAUUUUGUACGAUUUUUUUCUCGUGAUUAAACUCGCUCGGUGACUCACAACUCACAAGAGAUAAAAAAUAUAAUAUAAUAUUAUACACGCGAGCAGCAGUCGACUCUGCGGCGGUGCGAUUAUAGUUUUUUACUGUACUUAAGGACACUAUACAUACGCAAAUUAUUAUCUCCGCACGGUGUCGUUGUUAAUUUAAUUAAAAUUAAAAUGUUUGCCACGACGAAAAUGAUAACGAUGUAUUAUAAGAUACGCGCAGUGUACGCGGAUUACGUCGCAGCGGUUUUGGCUUAUAAAAUAUAUAUAUGUCCGUAGGUGUAUAUAUACAGAGUGUUUCUGCUCUACGGAGAUAUUAUAUUCAAACGUAAUUUCAAUAUUAUUAUAAACUGUCAAUUCUUAGCAACGAACAAUAAACUCGAGACCUCGGCGGCUGAUCGCACGACAUAAUGACAUUAUAUAUUAUUAUGUUUAGAUCGGUUUAAAUCUCUGAUAACAGAUAUUGUGUAUUGCUUGUCUAAAAUCAAUAUAAGAACCUAUAUAUUAGCACGACCAUCGAUAAUAUUAUUGAUGUUCUAUGUGUAAAAUUACUCUCAAUUUCAAGUAUUUUGUUUUUCCGUUUUGAUGACUCUAACGUUCGGACUAGCCAAUCUCGUGGAAACUCGGCCAAAGAAAUGUAAUUUUUUCUACAGAUUUUGUAGUAUAAUAAUAUAAUGAGCGAUGUCGUCAUAUUGAUGAAUAUUUGACGGGAUUUUUUACAGCCCCCUCGAGUUGCAAGUUGAAAACUAACAGUAUUAUAAGUCAUUCAAAACACGAUUAGGAACGGUCAAACCCGCAUGUUGAGUAGAAUUUCCUCAAACGUUUAGCAAAACUACCGAGAAAAUCGAAAAAUUACCUCUUUAAAGAAACUGAUAUUUCAAUGUGCAGGACGAAACUUUUCCAGUAGUAUUUUUGUCCGAACAACUUUUUUUGAAAACUUAAGUACAGAAUAAAAAAACCACUACAUCAACACAGUUUGGCUAUUGUUAGUCUGCAGAACAAACCUUAGAUCACAAAUGAUGAAAGAGAAAAAGACAAUUUUGACGCAUUAAUCAAAUACUAUUUUUUUUUUUUUGUCACUAUACGCUGUUGCUCGGCAAUAUCGUGUCGUGCGUACGGUAUGAAUAUAACAAUAACAUUAUAAUAAUCAUUCUAUAGUGAUGAUAACAAUAGCUGUUAUUUUCAACAAUAUUUUACUACUGCAGCACGUCGAUAGUAUUAUGCAGACGAGAAUUAUUUUAACCCCAUCGACUGAGAUCGAUUUCUUGUAUUAUGUUCGGGAACUUUGACGCAGCUGCAAAGUUCAUGCAACUCUGUCGUAGCUCUUUCGUCGUCGUCAUCCUUGUUGUUGUCACCGUCGCCGAAAUAGAACUGCAGCAGGAGACCGUCCUGACCGGUGACGGAAGAUCGUCCGGGUCGGAAGUCACCGCCGAAUAUCCGUAUUUAGUGGGACUGACCAUUGGAGGAAUAGUCGACAAGACGAAUCGGAAAACCGCCAUCUGCACGGGAACUCUGGUGUCUCCGGUGUUGGUACUGUCGUCGGCGUAUUGCACGUUGCUUCUGAUGACCACGAUCAACGAGAGUCCAGAAGUCACUACUCUAUUUGCGUAUUGGAAGACACCCACAAACUCUGUCAAGUACCACCGGGCCACGAGUGUUUACACCCAUCCGUCAUACGACAAAGCCACACGCAUGUUCGACUUAUCCCUGAUAAAGCUCAAGAAGCCAUUCAAGCACGUUGAACGAUUUGUCAGACUGUCGUCAAAAACGUUGAGCAGCGACGUCGAACUGAGUUGCGUGGUUGUAGGGAUCGGUGCGCCCCACGAACGCGGUUACAAGGUGCCGGUCCGUGUCAAGUACGGUCGCACCGCUUGCCGGAUUCCCAAGUCCAAGUGAGCAAGAUUAACUGUAGAUUUUCCGGCCGAUCCGGUAUACCGUAGUCCGUAAAUCCAAAAUUGCCCAAACUGUCCAGUCUGAAAACAAAAGUUCGAGAUUUCUAAUCGAAAAUAAUCGACAGCAUAUAGUGUAUUGAGUGUACGAGCGUAUUGUUACCUCCGAAUUUUUAGUUUAAAAAUGCUUGCGGAAAACAGUGAAUACACGAUCUAUACUAGUUUGAAAGGGUAAACACAAUACAUUCACAAUUUACAGGUGUUCCGUUACGUAAAACUCCAAUGUAUUUCCUUCCGUAUAAAAAUCUAUCUGCGUAUCUUUUCUACUUCGGAUUCUCACCUUAUCCAAGAUGAACUCCGCAGAUUGGUCGCUUGGUAGAUGAAUGUCAAGAACUUUUCUUUAACUCCCUCAAAUCCCUCUGUAUUCUACUUAUACGUUGCAUAACCAACCAUUGCAUUUUGGACUCUCCCUGUUAAAUAAAUAAAUAAAUUCAAAUAAUUUAUAAUUCACGUGUUGUAAUAAACAACGAGAGUGAAUGAUACAGGAUGACGUUUCCCGCGACGUUUCAGCCCCGGUCUCGAGUACUUGAUCGGCUAUACUUGGGCGGAUUUCCUGUGUUCCGAGACGGUAGGUCCGACUACCACACGACUGCCAUGUGACCGAGCCGAUCCACUGGUGUGCUCCGGCAGCCGACAUCAGUAUGGAAUCUUCAGCUACGGGUACGAUGGCACAGGGGCGUCUCCAGCGACGGAGGCGACAGAGUGCGGUGAUCCGGCCAUUCAGGGCAGACACCUGUUCAUCAACAGGAACGCUGGCUGGAUAGCAGAGAUAAUAGCAAACCACGGUGGCGACUCGAAGCAGAUAGACGAAGAUAAAAAGACGACGAUGACGACGACGAUGACGCCGACGAUGACGACGACGAUGACGACGACGAUCACGACGACGAUGCUGACGAAGCGCCGUCGCUCCACGCGACUACGACCGACAGCCACCUCGACUCGAGUUCCAGAAGACUCUAGCACCGAUCAGCUGGAAGUCAACUACCCGUAUCUAGUGUACUUGGAAGGCCUGUACGACGAACCAGUGUGCGGCGGAACUCUUGUAUCGCCUUGGCACGUGCUCACGACCGCUUACUGCACGACCAGGAUGACCGAAAUCAUGGUAUGAAACGCGCGUGAUAAUAUACCACUAUAGACGCCAGCCGACCAGAAAUCGUCAACUGUAGACAUUAAAGGCACAUUAUGGAAGUAUUGCUGAUUGAGCCACUAAAUUUAAUAUGUAAUAUG